AUGGCGAGCAACCACCACCGGGCCGGCGGGGCCCCGGGCGUGAGGUUCGAGGCUGCGAGGACGGCGUCCCGCCGCCCCGCGCGAUCGCAUCGCCGAUCGUCCGUCGCGGUCCACGCGGCCGCCACGUUCCCAGAGCUCACCGACGACGAGUCCCUGGCGGACAUCGCCAAGAGCGCUGCCAAGGGCGAGUCGCUGUCCAUCUGCGUCUUCGGCGCGUCGGGCGAUCUCGCCAAGAAAAAGGUGCUCCCCGCCAUCUUCUCGCUCUACUACGAUCGCCACCUUCCGGAGAACGUGCGGGUGUUUGGCUACGCGCGGAGCAAGAUGACCAACGAGGAGUUCAAGGAGAAGAUCCGGGAGUCCCUCCCGUGCCGUAUCAGCGCCGCGGGCAACUGCGACGACGUCAUCGAGUCCUUCCUCGAACGGAUGCACUACGUCUCGGGGCUCUACGACGACCCGAAGGAUUUCAAGGCGCUGGACCAGGCGAUGGCGGCGGAGGAGGCCAAGAUGGGGAAGAAGGCCAUGCGGAUCUUUUACCUCUCCAUCCCGCCCUCCAUCUUCGUGCCCGUCGCGCAGAACGCGGCGAGGGAGUGCAGCUCCUCCACGGGUGAGACGAGGGUGAUCGUCGAGAAGCCGUUUGGGCGGGAUCUGGAAUCGUCCAGGGAGCUCACCUCGAGCCUCGCGGAGGUUCUCGCCGAGGAGAACACCUACCGCAUCGACCACUACCUCGGCAAGGAGCUCAUCGAGAACAUCACCGUCCUCCGCUUCAGCAACAUCAUGUUCCAACCCCUCUGGUCCCGGGCGUACAUCCGCAACGUGCAGAUUUGCUUCUCCGAGAACUUUGGCACCGAGGGCCGCGGCGGGUACUUUGACAACUACGGCAUCAUUCGCGACGUCAUGCAGAACCACCUGCUGCAGGUCAUGGCGCUGUUCGCCAUGGAGGAACCCGCGAGUCUGGACGCCGAGGACAUCCGCGACGAGAAGGUCAAGGUGAUUCGAUGCAUCCGACCCAUCGAGAUGGACAACGUCGUGCUGGGUCAGUACAAGGGCAGGAGAGACGGGGAUAAGCAGCUCCCCGGGUACCUCGACGACGAGACCGUGCCCCCCGGGAGUAAGUGCCCCACGUUCGCGGCGAUGGCCCUGUUCAUCGACAACGCGCGAUGGGACGGCGUGCCCUUCCUCAUGAAGGCUGGCAAGGCUCUGCACAAGCGCCAAGCCGAGAUUCGCAUUCAGUUUCACCACGCGCCCGGCAAGCUCUACAAGAAACAACUCGGCUCCGCGAGCGAGAUGAACUCGAACGAGCUCGUGAUCAGGAUCCAGCCCGACGAGUCCAUCUACCUCCGCCUCAACUCCAAGAUCCCCGGCCUCGGCAUGAGGCUCGACCAGACCGACCUCGACCUCCAGUACAAGACCAAGUUCUCGGAGGCUAACCUGCCGGAUGCGUACGAGCGCCUCAUCCUCGACGUGGUGCAGGGAGACAAGAGGCUCUUCAUCCGCAACGACGAACUGGAGGAGGCGUGGAAGCUGUUCACGCCGCUGCUGAAGACGAUCGAGGACGAUCAGAUGGCGCCGGAGCUCUACCCGUACGGAUCGCGCGGUCCAAUCGGCGCGCACUACCUCGCCAGCAGGUACAACGUCCGCUGGGGAGAUACCUACAACUGA